AUGUCGACCUUUAACGGCUUGUUGGCCGAGUUCCCCGACAUUAGAGUCGACUUCUUCCGAAACCACCCAAACCGCAGGCCUCCCCUGGCUUGUUUCUUGAGCCAUGUCCAUACUGAUCACCUCGCUGGUCUCGACACUUUGCGCUCACCAUUCGUAUAUUGCUCUGCCGCCACCAGGGAGAUACUGCUCCGCCUAGAGACCGUCUCUCGCCGUAUCAACUAUGCCCAAGGCAUCCUGGAAGCUCGACAGCUGUCCUACAAGCACCUCAAGAACUUGUUGAAACCACUCCCACUUGACACCCCAGUCGAACUCGAACUCGAACCAGGGAAUCACAUCCAAGCCACCCUGCUAGAUGCCAACCAUUGUCCUGGCGCUGUCAUGUUCUUGUUCGAGGGUCAAGGAAAAGCAGCCCUUUACACUGGGGAUAUCCGGAGCGAACCAUGGCAUGUCAACGCUAUUGCAAGAUCACCGUCUAUGGUUCAGUAUGCAUACGGGUUGAAGACCCUCGAUACCAUAUACCUGGAUACAUCCUUCAUCGAAGACAUUGACUUUCCCACAAAGGCUCAGGGCAUCAGCGAGUUGCUGGACAAGGUCUCCAAGUAUCCUCCCAAUACCAUCUUCCACUUUCAGGCCUGGACAUAUGGGUACGAAGAUGUGUGGGUUGCCCUGUCCAAAGCACUGGGGUCAAGUGUCCACGUUGACGAAUACAAGAUGGGCAUUUAUCAGUCCCUCCUCGCCAAGGAUCCAGCCAACAAGCGUGACUUUGGUGUUCUGCAUCACGUGUCUCCUGAGGCUCCGGCACUUGUGGGAUUUAUGCGCGGUAAUUCGUACCACCCGGGCUGCCUGACAUUGGAUGAAAACGUCCGCCUCCAUAGCUGUGAGAAGGGCAACUAUUGCAAAACAGUUCGGGAAAACCCGGUAGUCCAGAUACAUCCCGUCCUUACCCACCUCAAUAACGGUGAAGACCUUCCGGAACUUGGCAUUGGCGGAGGCGGUGACGAUCUUGAGCACGACGAGGAGCAAGACCACUUGUCUCAGGUACAGAUACAAAUGGCCACCAAGUUCAUCCGAUGGCUUGAAAAGUCAGCUGAAAAAGUCGAACUUCUACCUCUCGAAUCUUUCGCCAGCGGCUCCAAGAUUGAAAUAGGCAUGGAACUGCUCACAUCCGGCGCAGAUAACAAGACUGCACUGCUGAAUUUCCUGCAAGAUCUGAUUAACAAGUCGAAAUCUCAGAUAGCUCUGGACAGGUCCCUUCUGGCCGCGAACAGCAGAGCCGAAGGAACACUGCCUAGCAUCAUCACCUUUCCUUAUUCGCGCCACUCGUCGUAUGCCGAACUUUGUCAUUUGGUUGAUGCUUUCAAACCAAAAGACGUAUGGCCCAACACUGUUAAUCCGCGCGAGUGGCUUGAACAAGGUAUUACCAUUGAACACUUGUUUGGAAAGCAUUGUUCUGGCAUUUCAUUUCGACACGAUCAGUUGAUGGAAGAGAUAUUUGGAACGAGAGAACAACCUAUCCAAAUCAGUGACGACAGCCAAUCCACAGCUAGCCAUCGUGCAAGCUCGUUCCAUGAAUCUUCAUCGCCGGCCCCACAGAUCGUCGACAACUGGGAUGGCACAACCAUUGCCCCCAAUCUGAACUUGGAGAGCAGCUUCUCUCAGAUUUCGGUUCAGUCUGAGGCUUCCUUUGACAUGCGCACUCAUGCCUUCCACCUGAUGCUUGACAACGCCAUGAACAACGCCGGCCACGAACUCGGUCUUAUAUCCACAAGGGACCACCACACCAACAUGGAAGUUGAACUAGGCGAAACAUGAUUGGAGCGCAUAUUCUCAAACCUUCAACGGCACUCUCUUUUGGAUGUCUCGGCUCCGGGACCCCCUUUUCUAGCGUUGUAGUGUAGCCACGAACACCGGUACUUGGCCGCGCCCAGCAUGGAGAAUCUUGUUUCCAGCAAUCGAAUUCGAAUGAUUUACCCCAGAAAAUCUGGAGAUCGACCUUGGACUGCAACACUCUCCGAUCAAUCUGUGGCAUGACGGGCAUGAUUUAGCCAUUUACAACCUGUUUCGGCCCUUCCCUCCUUUGCCAAAAUGUCACCUUACUACCCCCGUUACCCCAACUUUUGAUGUUUCAGGGCCAUGUGGAGUUCGUGGAGACACACUCUACGUCAAUAUCGGGAGGUGGCUUUCACAUGGGGACGGUGUAGCGUAUA